AUGAGUGUACAGUCGGUUUCCGAGGUCACUAUGACACCACCUCUUUCUCAGCCGACACCAACUAUCAGAAUUUAUACGCCACCAUCUUCCCCUCAAAACGUAGGUCCUGACGAAUGGGAUAGCAUCGAUGACUUAUCUAUUGAUUCACUACCAGCAGAAGAAUCUUCAUCUUCAUCCGCUGCUCAGAGCCCUUUUGCAACUUCCCCACCUGAGGAAAUUAUGAAGGAUGAAUUUCCGUCUAUUAACGAAAUCAAUGACGCACGUCGAAAUUCGUCGACCGAUUUUAUUCAAAAGAUGGGGCAUUGGUUGUAUAAUACUCGAGUUGUGCAAUACAUGAAAUCUGAUGAAAGGGCUCGAGUUAAAUCAACUUAUUCAUUAAAUCCGAUAUGGAUGCUUGGAAUCGCAUAUAUAUUUCCAGAGGAAGGUGGAGCUGUUAAUUUACCAAAAAUAGAUAGAGGAGAGCAAGCCCGGGGUGGUCGUGCUUCUUCUUUAUUCAAUUUCGUGUUUAGCUCAUCCGAGGAUGAUGAAGAAUAUAAUAUUGAAACGACAGAAAAGCCUGAGCCAAUUCACAAUGAAGAAGAUUCACAUCAGAAAUUGAAUAAAUCUCGUUCAUUUACUCAGUUUUUUCAAGAGCUUAGUGCUCCACACAUACAUUUAUCUUCCAAUAAGGGAAAAGGAAAUUCCAUUAGUGGAUCUAAUGCAGUUAUACGACAAUUGCGCUCAUUCUCACUUUCUCGCAAACCAUCAUCUUCCUCUUUACCUGAUAAAAAUUCGAUGACUGUGUCAUCGUCUCAAUCAGAUUCUCAAAUCAAUCGAAAAAUUCGCAUUCCCACUUUUCCUUUCAGCAAAAAAUCUGAGCGCACUGAUACUACACAAUCUGCAGCAUGUUUAUCUCGUUCAAAUAAAAGCAUAUCAAACAAUUCUGAACCAAACCUUGCAAUGUUAUCAUCACCUGCACAUUCAACUCGUAGGAUAUCAUUAGGGCAAAACAUACGACGCCCAUUCUCAAUGGUCUCCACAACAACUCAAAAUAGUCUAGAAUUAUCUAACUCUGCCCAAAAUGACUUUUUACAACAAAAAACAAAAAAGCCACGCAGAAAGACCUUUGGAUUUUUCUCCAGUAACCGAGAAAAAAAUUUCAAUAGCUCUGCACCUUCUUUAUAUCCACAUUUAGAGACGGAAGCAGAUUACGAUCAAAAAUAUACAGGCGCUCGAAUAAAAGUCACUCGUUCGGGUGAUGUUGAAGACGAGUUACGGAGAAGUCGAUAUACAGACCCGAUUUUUCCUGAUGAUGAUCUGAGUUAUUCAGAUACCGAAAGUGAUACUAGUGAUAACAUUGAUAAUUUGACCAAAUCAGAAUUAGUGAGCAGGAACUCUAUUCUCAAAAACCAUGUAAAAGCGAUGGGUCAUGAAACACCAAAUCAAAAAGACAUUAAUAAUAAAAAAUCAUCUUCACGAUAUGAUUUGAAUAAAGACAUUGACAUAACUAGUGAUUUUUCACGUAAUCCAAACAUUAAUCGAAAAAGUGUUUUGCAUCCAGAAUGGGCUAGCAAAAGACAAUCACAAGUAGGCUCUAUUGGAUCUCGGCGAUCUUCUAAAUCAUUACCCACAACACCAACAAGUCUUUAUCGACCCGAUUCAUUUGGCCCUCUUUCACUUAAUCAAAAUCAACUCAUGGAUUUUUUAUUAGAUUUUCAAUCGAGGAUUUUUUGUUGUUAUCGAAAAGACUUUCCUCCAAUUGAACCUGCAUUUCACACUCAGGACACUGGGUGGGGCUGCAUGCACCGCACUGGCCAGAGUCUAUUGGCUCAAGCAUUUCUUUGGGUUCUGCUAGGCAGAGACUGGCGGAUACAUAAUUCACAGACAGAUUCUCAAAAAUCUACAUAUCGAAAGAUUCUACGAUGGUUUAUGGAUGGUCCUGAAUCUGAAUAUUAUUAUUCCAUUCAUAAUAUUGCACGUACGGGUGUGGCACUAGAUAAGAAAAUUGGUGACUGGUUUGGUCCUACUACGCUAGCGCAUGCUUUAAAGCGAUUAUCUCUAUCACACAAAGAUUGUCCGCUUGUAAUUCAUGUACCUACUGACAAUACAAUAUAUCGAAAUGAUGUCAUCUCUUUAGCUACGGGAGAAUCGGAAACCGAGUUAAAGUCAAAUUGGAAACCUAUCGUGACUUUACUCCCAAUAAGAUUAGGCAUCGAAAAGUUGAAUCCCAAUUAUUCGCCAAAUUUAAAGGAAUUGUUCAAAUUACCACAAUUUUUAGGAAUCGCUGGCGGAAGACCAUGUCGCUCAUUAUAUUUUGUUGCUACCCAAGAUAACGAGCUUUUAUAUCUUGAUCCUCACUUUGUACGACCUGCUAUUAAUCUUGACGAAUGCAUGGAAUUUCCCAUAGAGGAUUAUCAUUCAACUAUUGUUCGAACAAUGGAUAUAGCUGAAAUGGAUCCCUCUAUGCUCUUGGGUUUUUUAUAUCAGAGCAAACAAGAUUUCGAUGACUUUUGUAAUUGCGUGGAGCGGGAAAUGGACAUGCGUUUUCCUUUUUUCACAAUACUGGAUACAUGCCCCGCGCCAAGGCCUUUCUCAAGAACAAGAUCUUUUAGUGAUGUAUCUUCAGUAAUUGAAAAUGAUAUUGAGGAUUUAAAACAAUUUGUGACACAAGUUGAAGAGGAGGAGAACAAUGACCAAGGGGUUCUUAGUGUUCAAGAGGAUGACGAAACAAAUGGCUCAAAGCACGAAGUGAUGUCAGAGGUGGAUUUGGAUGAUGACGGAACUGAACAAAAAUUUUCUCGACGUCAGUCUUUUUUUAGCGACGAUAACUAUGAAAUUUUGUAA